CUUCAAAUGUGUGGUUAUUUUAAAUAAUGGACGAGAAUUGUGGACGGUUAAAGUAUAUUGAGCUAGAAAACUACAAGUCCUAUAAAGGAAAGCAGGUAAUUGGUCCUUUCAGUGUAUUCACUGCUAUUAUUGGGCCAAAUGGGUCGGGCAAGUCAAAUUUAAUGGAUGCUAUUAGCUUUGUUCUUGGAGAAAAUACACGACAUUUACGUGUUCGUAGGCUUAAUGAUUUAAUCCACGGUUCGGUGGUUGGGAAACCCGUUGCAAAGUCAGCAUCAGUUACUGCAGUUUAUGAAAUGCCUGAUGGGGAAGAAAAGCGCUUUAGUCGUGUUAUUCACGGUAAUACAUCCGAGUACCGAAUAAAUGGGGUCUCUGUUCGUGUUGAUGAAUAUGCUGCUGCUCUGGAACAAAUACAUAUAUUUAUGAAGGUGAAGAACUUUCUCGUUUUCCAAGGUGCUGUGGAAAGUAUAGCUAUGAAAAAUGCACGUGAACGUUGUCAGAUGUUUGAGGAAAUUAGCAAGUCUGCUGAAUUAAAAGAAGAGUACGAUUUGUCGAAAAUGGAAAUGCAAAAGCUGGAGGAGAACGCAACUUUCAACUUGAACAAGAAAAAAGGCAUUGUUGCUGAACGAAAAGAAGCAAAGAUCGAAAUAGAUGAAGCUGAGAGGUACAAGAAACUGCAAAAUGAAUUGACGAAGAAACGACUGGAACUUCAUUUAUUCAAACUUUAUUACAAUGAUUUGGAAAUUAGACAUGUACGUGAGGAGCUCAAACAAAGAGAAGAAGCUGUUGCUGCUGAACAUGAACAGCGUCAGUUGAUUGAAGAAGAAAUGAAGGAGAAACGUCGUGAAUUAGGCAAAAUCAAUCGAGAUCAGUCAUCUCUAGAACAAGAAAUUAAGAAAUGUGAGCAAAAGAUUGGGAAGAGGAAACCUGAAUUUAUUAAAGUUUCGCAACUCUUGCGUCAUGUUAGCGAAAAGCACAAAGAGUCCAAAAAAUCCUUGGAGAAUGCUAGACAACUGCAUAGUACACAUCUACAAGAAAUCGAUCAGUUAGAGGCAGAAUAUGAGAAGAUAUCUGAUAUACAACGAGAUUAUGAGCAACAACAGUCUAAAAAAUCACUUGAACAAGGUCGAGACCUAGAACUAGAGGAAACUCAGUUGUCUGAAUAUCAUCGGUUAAAACAAAAGGUAGCUGAACGAACAUCACAUUUGUCUGCUGUGCUAGACAAUUUAAAUCGUGAGUAUAAUGAGCAGAAAGAUUUAUAUGAUGCAUUGUACCGAAGAAAAAAUGAAAUUGAAAGUUCUUUGAAACGUAAAGAAACUGAAUUAAAUGAAAAUAAAAAACGCUUGCAAAAAUUAUUGGAGUAUAUUGACUCAAGUAAUCGUGCUAUAACCGAACAACGUGAAACAGAAAAAGCUAUUCGGGAAGAAGUUGAAUUGGCCACUAGACGUAUUGAUGAAAUUAAUGCUGAGUUAGAAACUGUUGUUUGUCAGCUUGGUGAAGCAAAAGUUGAACGACAUGAAUCAUCUCGUGCAGCUAAAAAACAAGAGCUUAUUGAAAAUUUAAAACGUCUUUUUCCUGGAGUUCAUGGCCGAUUACUGGAAAUGUGUCAACCAUCACAUCGCCGUUAUCAAGUGGCAAUUACGAAAGUCCUUGGCAAAUAUAUGGAUGCUAUAGUCUGUGAUAGUGAAAAAACAGCUAAAGAGUGUAUUCAGUAUAUGAAAGAUCAGCGUAUUGAACCGGAGACAUUUUUACCACUUGACUUUUUGGAUGUGAAGCCGAUUGAUGAGAAAUUACGUGAAAUCAGUGAUCCACCUAAUGUUCAUUUAGUAAUUGAUGUUAUCCAGUGCGAUCCAAUUAUAGUAAAGAAGGCGUUAACAUUUGCAUGUGGCAAUGCAUUAGUAUGUGAAACUGUCGAACAUGCUCGUUAUGUUGCUUAUCAUAUGGGUGACAGAAAGAAGACGGUUUCGUUAGAAGGCACUCUCUUUCAACGUUCUGGUGUUAUAUCCGGUGGUGCAAGUGAUUUAAAAGCUCGCGCUCGCCGUUGGGAUGAGAAACAGAUAAGUACACUUAUGUCUAAACGAGAUGCUUUACAAAAUGAACUGAAAGAACAAUUAAAACGUAAACGUAAAGAAGCUGAAUUGCGAACUAUUCAGUCACAAAUCAAAGGUCUAGAUACUAGGCUAAAGUAUACAUUAAAAGAUAAAGAUAGCACGGAAGAGAAACUUCUUAGUACAAACGAAGAGGAAAUGAAUCAAAUCGCUCGUGAAUUAGAAGAAGUUGAAGAAAGUUUAGGUCGUUGCCAGACAAAAAUGCAGGAAUUACAAAUAUCAGUUAAUGCCGAAAAAGCUAAAAUGGAUACUGUGGAGGAUACUGUGUUUCAUGAUUUCUGCGUACAGAUCGGUGUAGAAAACAUUAGGCAAUAUGAAGAUCGAGAGUUGAGAGUUGCUCGUGAACGUGAUCGUAAACGGCUUGAGUUUACAAAUCAACUUCAAAGAAUAAAUAACCAACUGGAAUAUGAGCGAUCACGAGAUACUGAAGCAAAUGUUAAACGUUGGGAAGAGACUGUUUCCGUUGAACGAACUGAAAUGGAUAAAUGUAAAAAACAAGAGAAAAAAAUUAAGGAGGAAAUGGAACAAGAAGAGAAAAAGAAGACAGAGGUUGAAUCACGUGUCGGUGAAUUGAAAUAUCGUGCAGAAAUGCUUGAUGGAGAAUUAGGUGAAAUUCGUAGACGUUUAGUGAAUAAACAACGUGAUAUUCAAAAAUUACAGAAGGAUUUGAAUCAAGCCGAAGCGAAAUUAGAAUCUAGACGAGCUGAACGUCAUUCACUUUUACAAGCUGCUAAGAUGGAGGAUUUAGAUUUGCCAUUGAAACAGGGUUGUGAUCCAAUUCCUGAAUUGAAUAGUCAGUUGACAGAUAAUGAAAAUAUGGAUCCUAGUACAGAGGAAAUGGUUCAUAUUUAUGAAUUGGAAGCUCGUUUACCGAUUGAUUUCAAACAUCUUGAUAAGCCUUUACGACAAAUGACUGAUGAGAAGGAAGUCAAUAGAAAAGCUGAAGAAAUGCAAAAUCAAGUUGAUUCAAUGUUAAAUAGUUUGGCUCGUAUACAAGCUCCAAAUUUACGAGCAGGUGAUAAAUUAGGCAGUGUUGAAGAACGCCUACGAUCAACUGAAGCUGAAUUUGAAGAUACACGACGUAGAGCUAAACGGGCUAAAGCUAGAUUUGAACGUGUUCGUCGGUUACGAUAUAAUGCAUUUAUGAAUUGCUUCAAUUCCAUCGCUGAUAAUAUUGAUCCGAUUUAUAAAAGUUUAUCAAGAAAUCCUGGUGCUCAAGCUAGUUUAUUGCCAACUAAUGCAGAAGAACCAUAUUUAGAAGAGAUACAAUUUCAAUGUGUUGCACCUGGUAAACGUUUUCAACAAAUGGAUAGUUUAUCCGGUGGUGAGAAAACAAUAGCUGCAUUAGCUCUACUUUUUGCAAUGCACCGAUAUAAUCCAUCACCAUUCUUUGUACUAGAUGAAAUUGACGCUGCAUUAGAUAAUACGAAUAUUGGUAAAGUUGCCAGUUUUAUACGUGAAUAUGCUUCAGCACGUGCACAAAUUAUUGUUAUUUCAUUGAAAGAAGAAUUCUAUAGUCGUGCUGAUAGCUUAAUUGGUAUUUAUCCAGAUAUUGAAAAUAAUUGUCUUGUCAGUCGUGUUUUAAGCUUUGAUCUGUCGAAAUAUAUUGAUACCGGUGAACAGUAACCAGUAAACACCGGCUUGUUGGGCAGCGAAUACACUCAGAUAGUUGUGCAUUUCUUUUAUACCUUAAUUAAUUUAUUUUAUCUAUUCUAGGUUGUAUUCCAAUAUCGUAAGGAUUUAUUCUAUUCUAUUUCACUAAUUUUUUUAUAAUUUUAUUAUCUACAAGUGGGCAAUAUCACUUACCUUUGCUCAGUAAAUACGGCAACAGAUAUUCUAUUUUUUUUUGUUGUUGUUGUUGUUAUACAUAGAAUUAUGAUAAUUCUCCUCCAUCAGUCAACUAACCGUAUAGUACUGAUAUGUUUUAUUACAUUUUUUACUAACCAUUAAAAUCUUGUGUUCAUCCUAUAUUUACGUGUGUAUAAUCUACUCUGUACAAUUGUUAUUGUAUUUUUAAAUAAUAUAUUUUUUGAU